AAAGAUGAAGACUUCUGUCCUUCAACCAGAGCCUGGCCGAGUGGAAGCUUUUCAUCUACAACCGGACCACCGGAGAGUUCCUGGGGUGCACCGCCAAGAAUUGGGGUUUGAUCUUGCUCUUCAACCUUGUCUUUUAUGGGUUCCUGGCUGCAGUCUUUUCAUUCACAGUGUGGGCCAUGCUUCAGACUCUGAACGAUGAGGUUCCAAAAUACCGUCACCGGAUUCCUAGCCCAGGACUUAGGUUUUUCCAAAACCAGUGUCGGGCUGGAUUUUUCAUUCAGCCUGUCUGAUUCAGAAUCCUAUCAAGGGAACAUUGAUGACCUUAAGAAAUUUCUAAAACCAUAUGGCUUAGAAAAACAGAAGAAUCUCACAGAUUGUACCAAUGGAAACUUUUUUGAGCAGAAGGGUCCAGAAUACACAGCAUGCCAGUUUCCUCUUGCCUUACUUGAAGCCUGCAGUGGUGUGGAUGAUCCCACGUUUGGCUACCAAGCAGGAAACCCUUGUAUUCUUGUGAAAAUGAGCAGAAUAAUUGGAUUAAACCGUCAAAGAGAACCAAGGAUAGACUGUAUUUCAAAGAGUGAAAGCACAGCAGUUCUAUCAACUUACCCUCUCAACGAAAAGAUAGAUUUAAAAUAGUUUCCAUAUUGUGGAAAGAAACUUCAUGGGAGCAACCUACAGCCACUAGUUGCUGUCCAGCUCAGCUUUGGUAGUGCUGGUGACAUAAAAGAAGCAAUGGUUGAGUGCAAGAUUGAUGGAUCAUCCAACCUAAAGACCCAAAAUGACCAUGACAAGUUUUCAGGAUGAGUUGCAUUUAAGAUCACAAUGCAUGCAUAGUAGGAGUUAGGAUGUCUCCAUAGAGUAAAUGUUGUGUUGUCUGUUUUCAUUUUGUAUCAACCGGACCUACCAUUCCAGAAUUAUGAGACCGCCUUGGAGAAGGGUGGAGUGAUACAUCACUGGGAUAACAUCGUGUGCUUCCAGAUAAUAGUGGUCCAUGCCCUUCAAAGUAACUACCUGUUGCCUCUGCUGCCUUUUGAACCAUGUACAGUCACCUGAUAGGGACUGUGAACACCUGAUUAUGAACAUGUAGGUUGGGGGUCUUGUCCAGUUUUUAUGUGGUUUAAUUGCCAAGCGUGUAAAGCUUAAUGUGCUGUGCUAUGCAAAUAUUUUAUAGAUUUAACACUGGUUAACUGCCAUAUUUUGAUGCCAGCAAAGUUUUAAGGGAUACAAUGGUACCGACCAACAUCAAAUGACUUUAUAGCUGCAAGAAAUUCAGGGUGUGGAAAAAUGCUGUAUGUGAGGAGGAAAAAAGAAAAUAAAAGUGGAUUUGAAAGGUUGAAAAAAUCCGUUUCUGAUUAAUCAGUCAAGAUGGGUGGAUCAAUAUAUAAUUCUCUCCUACUGGGAGACCAGCUGAAGUUUCUUACUUGCAUCACAUUCAAAUUUGAAGUAUUCAUUGAUUCACAGAUAUUUUCAGCAUCGACACCAUUUUGGGUAUAGAGAAAUGAAUGAGGUAGUUCUUGUCUUUAAUUACAAAUCUGAUGGCGUGAAGAGUACUUUUUUUCUACCAGUAAAUGUAUUGUGAUCUUGUGGUUUCUGUAAUUCACUUUCCUUCCUAUGAAUUACAAAGCCAUUGUCAGGAUAAUUCAUUAUUACGAUACUCUGAUGGUCAACAUUUCCUCUAGCCUUAACUACCCAGAUGGCUGAGACUUUGGAGGGGGAGGCUGCAUCACAGUUCAACU